AUGUCAAGUAGUGGUAACUGGUGUUUAAUAGAAAGCGAUCCUGGAGUAUUCACUGAACUUAUUAGAGGUUUCGGUGUGGAAAGUUUGGAAUGCGAAGAAGUUUAUGAUCUGACAGAAACAAGCAACGUGUCUGACGCACUUGGGUUUAUUUUCCUAUUUAACUACGAUGACAAACAAGAUAAUAUUGGAAAAGUGGUAACUGACGCAAAUAACAGGGGCAUAUUUUUUGCGAAACAAACAAUUUCAAAUGCUUGUGCGACUCAAGCAAUUAUUAAUAUCUUGCUAAAUAUUGAUGACAAAGUGCCCAUUGGUCCAACGUUGUCUGAUUUCAAGUCUUUUGUGUCAGACUUUGACAGUACAAUGAAGGGUACUGCUAUAAGCAAUUCUGACCAAAUUAGAGUCGUACAUAACAGCUUUAGCAAUUAUCAGUUAUUCGAGUUUGAUGAGAAGACCCCUAAGUCAAAUGAAGACGUUUACCAUUUUGUUGGUUAUGUUCCUAUUAAUGGUACUUUGUACGAAUUAGAUGGCUUAAAACCCGGCCCUGUUGAUCACGGAAAACUACCUGAAAAUUCAUCUUGGAUAGAUUCGGCUCGUCCGUUGCUAAUGAAGCGUAUGGAGAAAUGUGUAGACGGAAAGUUCAAUAUAAUGGCAGUAGUCCCUAAUCGACUUGCUAUGUACGAAAAACAGUUGGCACAAUAUAAAAAGGACUCAAGUGAUCCAGAAUCUGUCUACAUAACAGAACUAAUGAACAAUAUCGCCAGUGAAAAGAAGAAAAUUGCAGCGUAUCGCGCAGAAAAUAUUCGUCGUCGACACAACUAUUUGCCACUUAUCGUGGAGCUUCUCAAGAUGCUGGGUGAAAACGGCCAACUGACUGGUCUGGUUGAAAAAGCUCAAAAGGUUGCUCAAGAACGAAGUGCUCUACACCCAUCAAAUGCUGCGAAGAAAGUGAAAUUUGUCUAA